UAUUAUUCAGUAUGUUGUGAACUCUCCGUCGCGUUCUAUGGGGGAAAUAAAAAUGAUCCCAUCGCUUAAACCAAAAAUCGUGCGUACAGCCAUCGCCGGGCUUGUUAUUUUAAUAGCAACAUUAAUUUAUGCAAUAGCUCCACUUUGGAAAGGACAUUUUCAAUAUUCGGAAAUUAUAUCUUGGCAACUUAUAUGCGUUUUGCAGAUCAUUGGAGGAAUCUUUCUGUUGAUCGGUUCUUUGAUUGAUAAUCAUUGCCUUUUCUUGCCUUGGCUGGGAUCUUCUGUGACAUUUAUUUAUACGAUUUUUUUUAGAUCCUUUAUGUAUCUUAGGCAGGACCCGCCCAAGCCAGAAUCAUUUGUUCCUUAUUUUCACAUCAUAGUAGGCGUGUUUUGGAUUUACUUCGUGUACGAUAUCUUUGGGGACUUUCUUCAAAUGUAUUAUGAAUCUAAAGAAAGGAAUUGGGAUAUUGAAGCAUCAAUUUUAAGACACGAGCUUCGGAGUAAAUUUUUUCAAGCCCAGAAUUGUUUAAUUCAUCUUUAAAACAUAUGCAUAUUUAAAAAAAGUAUCGAUGGCUGAAGUGUAUAGUGUAUAGUACAUUCUCUAGAAUGUUGCGUGAAGUAUUCAAUGUGAUUUAUUAAAUUAAUCGGAUCUCCUUUAAGAGUGAAA